AUGCCUACCCUGAGAUCCUCCUCUCGGCUUCAUAGCUCAUCCUCUCCAAGCAGUGUGUCCUCCCCACUGCACAGAACUGUUGGAAGUACACUGAGGGCAUUGUCGACUUCUAGUUCCUCCAUCAAUCUGCCCUGUGAUGACAGGGACUCGGACCCUUCAGAGGGGGAUAGUCACUCUCUGUCAACUGAUGAAGGCAGUGACUUUGAAGAAAGUCUGAGACACAAUGUGAGAAAGAGAUCAGCAAAACGACCACUCAGAACACCACCAGUGGCAAAACAUCCAAAGAAGGGGUCCCAAAUGGUAGAAGGUAAAAUCCAGAAAAAAUCAGAACCACCAACCAGCGAUCUCUUUGAUUCUGUGAAAACCGCCAAAAGUGACAUGCAGUCUUUGGUGGAUGAGUGGCUGGAGAGCUAUAAGCAAGAUGAGGAGGCAGGAUUCCUGGAGCUUAUUAACUUUUUCAUCCGAUCCUGUGGAUGUAAAGGCACUGUGACCCCUGAGAUGUUCAAGAAGAUGUCCAAUUCAGAGAUCAUCCGGCACCUAACAGAGCAGUUUAAUGAGGACUCAGGGGACUAUCCCCUGACAGCUCAAGGUCCAUCCUGGAAGAAGUUCCAAGGAAGCUUCUGUGAAUUUGUGAGAACGUUGGUGUAUCAGUGCCAGUACAGCCUCCUCUAUGAUGGCUUUCCCAUGGACAACCUCAUCUCCUUGCUCACGGGCCUCUCAGACUCCCAAGUUCGUGCCUUCCGCCACACUAGCACCCUGGCUGCCAUGAAGCUCAUGACCUCCCUGGUAAGAGUUGCCCUCCAGUUGAGUCUACACAAAGACAACAACCAGCGACAGUAUGAGGCUGAACGAAACAAGGGACCAGGGCAGAGAGCCCCUGAGCGGCUAGAGAGCCUGCUGGAGAAACGCAAAGAGCUCCAAGAGCAUCAAGAAGAGAUUGAGGGGAUGAUGAAUGCCAUCUUCAGGGGUGUCUUUGUUCAUCGGUACAGGGACAUCCUUCCUGAGAUCCGGGCUAUCUGCAUGGAGGAAAUCGGGUGUUGGAUGCAAAGCUACAGUACCUCUUUCCUCACUGACAGCUAUUUAAAAUACAUUGGCUGGACCCUGCAUGACAAGCACCGAGAAGUCCGUCUAAAGUGCCUGAAGGCUCUGAAAGGGCUGUACAGCAACCAAGAGCUGACAUCACGCCUGGAGCUCUUCACUAGCCGCUUCAAGGACCGGAUGGUUUCCAUGGUCAUGGACAGAGAGUAUGAUGUGGCAGUGGAGGCUGUCAGGUUGCUAACCCUUAUCCUGAAGAACAUGGAAGGAGUGCUGACCAGUGCAGACUGUGAGAGCAUCUACCCAGUUGUAUAUGCCUCCAAUCGUGCCCUGGCCUCUGCCGCAGGGGAAUUUCUAUACUGGAAACUCUUCUAUCCUGAGUGUGGGACAAAAGCAGGGGUUGGAAGAGAGCGACGCCGAAGUCCAAGUGCUCAGAGAACUUUCUUCCACCUUUUGCUGUCCUUCUUCGUGGAGAGUGAGCUCCAUGACCAUGCCGCUUACUUAGUAGACAGCCUCUGGGACUGUGCAGGGACUCAGCUGAAGGAUUGGGAGAGUAUGACAAGCCUGCUGCUGCAGAAGGACCAGAACCUGGGCAAUGUGCAGGAAAACACGCUGAUAGAAAUCCUUGUGUCCAGUGCCCGGCAAGCUGUGGAGGGUCACCCGCCUGUGGGGCGGGUCACUGGGAGGAAGGGCCUAACUGCUAAAGAACGCAAACUUCAAGCUGAUGACAAGGUGAAACUGACUGAGCACCUCAUUCCCCUGUUGCCCCAGCUCCUGGCCAAGUUCUCAGCCGAUGCAGAGAAGGUCGCUCCCCUGCUCCAGCUUCUCAACUACUUUGACCUCAGCAUCUACUGCACUCGGCGCUUGGAGAAGCAUCUGGAGCUGCUUUUGCAGCAACUCCAGGAGGUGGUAGUGAAGCAUGCAGAGCCAGCAGUGCUUGAGGCUGGAGCGCAUGCCCUGUAUCUGCUCUGUAAGCCUGAGUUCACUUUCUUCAGCCGGGUGGACUUUGCCCGCAGCCAACUAGUGGAUCUGCUGACUGACCGUUUCCAGCAAGAGCUUGAUGAGCUGUUGCAGUCGUCGUUCUUGGAUGAGGAUGAGGUGUACAGUCUAGCAGCCACUCUGAAGCGGCUCUCUGCCUUCUACAAUGCUCAUGACCUGACUCGCUGGGAGCUCUACGAGCCAUGCUAUGGACUCCUCCGGAAGGCCGUGGACACUGGAGAGGUUCCUCACCAGGUGGUCCUUCCAGCCUUGACUCUUGUCUAUUUUUCCAUUCUCUGGACAUUAACCCACAUUUCAGGUCCAGAUGCUUCCCAGAAGCAGGUGCUGGAUCUUAAGAGCAGAAUGGUGGCCUUCUGUGAACUCUGCCAGAGCUGCCUCUCAGAUGUGGAUCCGGAGAUCCAGGAGCAGGCUUUUGUCUUAUUAAGUGAUAUGCUUCUCAUCUUCAGCCCUCAGAUGAUUUUAGGGGGGCGGGAUUUCCUGAGACCCCUCAUCUUUUUUCCAGAAGCUUCUCUCCAAUCUGAGCUAGCAAGCUUCCUCAUGGACCAUGUCUUCCUCCAACCUGGAGACCUGGGCAGUGGACAUUCCCAGGAUGAUCAUGUACAGAUAGAGCAGCUGCACCAGCGGCGCCGACUCUUGGCCGGGUUCUGCAAGCUGUUGCUCUAUGGGGUUCUAGAGCUGGAUGCAGCCUCAGAUGUUUUCAAACACUACAAUAAGUUCUACAAUGACUAUGGUGACAUCAUCAAGGAAACAUUAACUAGAGCGAGGCAGAUUGAUCGAAGUCAUUGUUCCCGAAUCCUACUGCUGAGCCUGAAGCAGCUGUACACAGAACUCCUGCAGGAACAGGGGCCUCAGGGCCUGAGUGAGCUGCCAGCUUUCAUUGAGAUGAGGGAUCUGGCCCGGAGAUUUGCCUUGAGCUUUGGACCCCAGCAGCUGCACAAUCGAGACCUGGUAGUCAUGUUGCACAAGGAAGGCAUCAAGUUCUCCUUGUCUGAACUUCCUCCUCCUGGUUCCUCGGGUGAACCCCCAAAUCUGGCAUUCCUGGAGCUCCUUUCAGAGUUCUCCCCCCGCCUCUUCCACCAGGAUAAGCAGCUGCUACUGUCUUACCUGGAAAAGUGUCUGCAGCGUGUCUCCCAGGCACCUGGCCAUCAGUGGGGUCCAGUCACUACCUACUGCCACUCCCUCAGCCCUAUAGAGAGUGCAGCAGAGGCCAGCCCUCAGGGUCAUUCCCGGUCCAAGAAAAGGCGCAUCGAAGGUACAACUCGGCCUCACAGAGAGGAUGUCUCCUCAUCCCAGGAAGAGAGCCUGCAGCUGCCUAGCCUCUUGCACACACCCAUCCUCACCUCCACCACUGUGAAGAGCAGGCCUCUGCUGGAGGAGCUGGGAGAGAUGGAAGAAGGCAGCUCAGCAUCAGACUUCACCCAUGACCGGCCCCUCUCAGGCCCCCAAAGGUCAAGGUUCUUGGGUACACAGUAUUUCCAGACUCCGAACAAUCCUUCAGGCCUUGAUCAUGGCAACCAGCUAACUCGACUCAGCCUUAUGGAAGAGGAUGAAGAAGAAGAGCUAGAAAUUCUGGAUGAAUCAAGUGAAGAAUGGCAGGAUAUUGACAAGCAACCUGGGGACCACUCUUCCUCCAGUGAGCCCGGGCUGGACCUCUUAGACACUACAGAGCUGAACAUUGAGGAUUUCUGACAGGACAAUGGGCCUCUCCCCAUCUCCAUCUUCCCCACCUGAAGCACAUGACCACUUGGAAAAGGAGAAAGAAACAAAAUAAAGCCUCUCAGGCUCCAGCCCUGGCCUUUGGAGAGUUGGCCUUGCCUUUCUCACCUACCUUUCCUGAUGGUGAUGGGUAGAGAAGCCAUGAGCCCCUGUCCUCCCUAAUGCACCAUGGCUCUGUCCCUCUGUCCAUUUUCUAUUUGGAGUGGGGUGGGAGGUGUCAACUGUGCAGUGGAGAGGUACUGCCUCCAUGCAUUUAACCAGUCCCUGGUUUUCCUGUUGGGACUCCUACCCCAGACUCCUGAGCCUUGGUGAUGAACUCAAUAAAUGUGUUUGAAUCAGCAA